UGAAUAAACACACUGGUUUUUGUUAUAUUGGUUUCCUUAUUUUGUUUAUUAAUAGUUUCACGUAAUGACAUUUAAGUAACUAUGUAUUUAGGGAAAAACAUUGGACACAGAUCUCAUUCAAGUCGCAUUCGAAACCAACACCUACCGAUUAGAAAUUUUAACGCUAGUCACAAUGGACGUUUGUGGUAAUGAUGUGGAGUGUGACGGGAUGUGUGGUGCGGGAAAUAUACGAGGGAAGCUAAACAGCCUUCAAACUGGGGUAAUGGUUGCGCCUGCAGACUUCGCCAAGGUGUUAUCACAACUUGACACUAAAGCCGUUCAGCCGUCUUCCGAUGAUGACAAUAGCACAAGCCCAAACGUUUGUGUUACUUCACAAAGAACGCUUUUCAAAAAUUCUGUUACGCAACACCAUUCACCAACAACACAUCGGCAAACUCAACAGUUGACAAAUAGAACAGAAACAUAUACUUACUUACAGACAUUCUCAAAUGGGUCCUCAGCAUUGCUAACACACUCUAACUCCCAGACCGCCAAUAAUGGGUCUCCUCCAACAACAAUCAAUACCCCCGGACCAACGGGUCCAAAGUAUCCCAAUUUUUCCACGGUUCCCCAAAGGUUAAAGUCCUUCGGUGCUACAAUUCUCGCAGUGUCAACACAGCUCCUCAGCGUGGCUGGUUUUUUCUUGGUCAGAAAUGGAGGCGAAGAUGCUACAAGGUGUCACCAUUGUGGACUUGGUUUACGCCAUUGGAGCCCGGAAGAUGACCCAUGGGUGGAACAUGCGCGCUUCUCUCCGAAAUGUGAAUACUUGCUCAGUGUAAAAGGACACGAGUUUGUGAACUUAAUACAGUUGGCGGUUAAAUAUUCAUCUGAUAAAACAAAUGGUACGGCAAAUCAACUGGGCUACACUCCGUCAACUAAUUCUUAUAAAUCUUCUUUAGAGCCUAAAGUAGCGAAAACAAGACAAGACUUAAUGAGAGAGAACUCCGACUUACACAGCAUCAUGAAGUGCAUGUACUGUACCCGUAAGGAUGUAUCCAUUGUUUUCCUCCCAUGUGGACACCUCAUCUCAUGCGAUGGUUGUGGCAAGGAGCAACGGAUGUGCAAAAUUUGCGGCUCCAGCAUUAAAGGCACAGUGCGAACAUAUAUGGCAUAGCGACUUCAAAAGUUCCGAAGAAGAAAUGCUUCGGAUAACGGCCAAGUACGGGCGAUGCAUGAUGCGGCUAUACGGUAACCUAGACAGUGCUCGUUCAGCGCGAGACGAGAAGCAAUGCAAAAAGGGGCUAUGAUUAAAUGUAUCAUGAGCAUGUUAAGAGGAUGUAAACAGGUAUCACACUUCAAAGCUAAUAAUUACGUAUCACAUCGAGAGUAGUAUUGCUGCCUUAGUAAUGCCGCAAUCAUACGUAUGUAAUAUAUGACAGCAUACAAAAUAUCUGAAUAAGUGUUUCGGAGGGAGUAUCAAUAAAGAAAACACUUUCGUUGAAAAACCCGAGCUUUAGUCUCAUCAUAUGCUUUUGUAAUGUGGCAGAUAUAUUAAAGGGAUUAUUCGAAUGUAAAAGGCACAGUGACUUCAAAAAUGUUCAAAUUCAAUUCCACAUAGUAUUAUGUUUACUUCAAUUUAAAUGUUAGACCUAUUCUCAUGUGGUAGCGUGUUGAGUAAAGAGGAAUCAUCAACCAAUGAAACAAUUGCAUUGUAAAACAUGCGCGUAAAUCUGAAUGUUAUAAUGAUGUGAAUUCAGCAUCAAAAAGCUAGUCGGGACGUUUAGAGCAUGAUGUCAUGGAAUUUGUCGACUGCAGUAUUGAAGUUACAAAAUGAGUUCUGAACAGUUUAUUUGAACGAAGUAGUGAGAAAUUCAGUUGUUGACAUUUUCAAAAACUAAUCAAGAGAAAUCAUUUGUUUAUAUUCUUCUUUAUUUUCUGCGUUAUAUUUAUAUUAAACAAUAUAAUAUUCGGGUAAUCUGAAAACAUGUUUCUUAAAGCUGUGUCUUAAAAAGCUGAAUAACCCGAUCAACAUUCUUAUGCAAGGUAAUCAACCUUGUCCGAAUUGAUGUGAUAUAGUGAAGCAAAAUAAAUAGAACAAACUAUUUAACUCAAUAUGAUUGUACUUAAUUAUAUAUGCGCUUGUUUUUCGAUGAUACGUUUAUUAAAUGUUUACACUGUUGUACUUCUUAUUUUGGCGAGCAUUUUGUUUUUCUUUCGUUUUAUCGUGUGACAGAAUUUUACAACCCUGUUGCUGUGGUUAACAUCUGACCACUAGUUAGAUAAAUUUCAAUUGCAUUUAAAAUUAUUCCUUUUUGAAAAGUAAACAUUUUGAACAGUGUACCAUCUUAAUUUUCAUAAUUGUCCAAAUGUAAUGUAAACAUCUAGUAUAUGCCUAUUAUUUAUUCAUACAGAUGUAUAUAAAUUUCCUCUGUGUAUCAUGGCAAUGUGAUAAAUAAUAUUAAAAAAAUAUGUGUAUAUAAGUGUAAUAUGUAAUCCACAUUAAGUUAACAGUUACUUUCUGUGUAAUGUUUCACUUUAAUCUCUAUGAUAAUUGCUGUGAUGCUAGAUACCGUUUGUUGUAUUAUCUGUUUUCUUAUAAGUUCUUCAUGUCAGUAUAAAUUAUUGCACUUUGAUAUUUUGUAAAAUGGUUUUGAAAUAAAUUCUGGACUUGGACUUCGGCUUUGAAAUGAACGUUUAGAGUGAUAUUAGUAUUCAUCGUUUGUACUGCAAAA